UUGGCUGUGCUGCCUCAACGCUUCAGCAAUCGCUGUGUCUCUUACUGAGCUUCUGAACGAACACGAAACAGGCGACAUUUUGGCUCUGUAACACACUAACGGCGGGACUAAUUAACCGAUCUAUUUUGAUCCUUACUGGAAAUGUAGCUCGUUUUGUUUUUCUGUUGGUAACCGGAGCAAGUAAUUUAGCGCCUGCGCGGAGUAUUAGGCUUUUUUUUGUAUUAAUACAGUGUGCAUAUGUGUAUGCGCUACUGUUAGUUUCGUAAUGCAGAGCAACAAACUUGUGUUUGUUAAAUGACUCGGUGAGAAUGGAGGGGUCCGAUGACGAGCGGUCGAGUUGUGAAGGCGAGUACGCGCUGAAAGAAGUGAAGGGAGAAAACAGGGAGGAUGGCGCCGCCGUGGGAGCCGCGUCUUCGUUUGCCUUCUCGGGUAUUGACAACCUGAGCGUUUUGCUUCAACGAAGCAGGCAGUCUGCGCAGAAAAGCCUCCGCUACCUGCACUCUUUAUGGACUCCGGACGCGUUACUUCAGGCCGAACCGGCUGGAGGAAAAAUGACCGUGAGCAGAGCCAGGAGACUGGGGAGAGUCCGGAGAAACCUGGGACCUAUAGGCAAAGAUCUUUACGCUGUGAAGAGGCUCAGAGAGGCAGCCAACGGCAACGACAUUGACACUGUUCGUAGGUUAUUGCAGGAUGGUGUUGAUCCCUGCGCUGCGGAUGACAAGGGAAGAACUGCUUUACAUUUCUCCUCCUGCAAUGGCAAUGAGAGUAUUGUUCAGCUUUUGCUAAGCCACGGUGCUGAUCCAAACCAGCGAGACAGCCUUGGGAACACUCCUCUUCAUCUUGCUGCCUGUACCAACCAUGUGCCUGUAAUCACUACCUUACUGAGAGGAGGUGCUCGUGUAGAUGCACUAGACCGUGCUGGAAGAACCCCUCUGCACCUUGCACGCUCGAAGCUGAACAUAUUACAGGAAGGAGAGUCCCGUAGCUUGGAAACCUUACGAGGAGAAGUCAUCCAGAUCAUUCAGAUGCUGCGUGAAUAUCUAAACGUGAUGGGGCACAAUGAAGAUCGCCAAAGGCUGGAGCAUAUUUCUACCCAGCUACAACACACCUGCACUAAAGAACAGGUGGAUGAGGUUACUGACUUACUGGCCAGCUUUACAUCUUUAAGUAUACAAAUGCAGAAUAUGGGAGACAGGUAGAGAAGAAGUUCCAUUGAGGUUUACAGAAGGCUGGAUGGAGAAAAAGGACCUGAGAUAUUUAUUAACACAUGACACACGUUGUAUGAUUUAAUCAUUUUGUCAAUUGUACAAACUGUAUUACUAAAUUAAUGGCCUUCAGACAGACAUUCUUGCUAUUUGUAUGGCUUCUUGUUUUUGUGUUGUCUGUAUAUCUUGUUCAGUCAUUACUGUUCACUGUUUGAUGUUGAAAAUGAAUCAGACAAUAACA